AGGAGGAAGCACCCCUUAUAAACACACUUGAACUUCGCAGAGUAAAGAAUAAGCCGUGCACGCCUGUCUUCAUGGAGAGGAGCGCGGGGACAGUUUCAGCCAUUAAAGCUCUGGGGUACCCGGGCAGCCGCUGCCUCUCCCGGUGCAGAUGUGACGAGCUUCCCUGUCCGCUGCUCAGCUGGCUGUGCGCAGAGCUCAGGACUCUCUGCCCGGAGCUACGAGACUCAGGAGGGUCAGGUGAUGUGCUGCUGGCGGGAGAGCUGAAAAAUGUACUAUCAAACAUAUCCUCUCCCCUCGCUGUGCUGACCUCCGAGGUGUUGGACCCAUCCACUCUCAACAAAGUCGCUGAGUUCCUUGUAUCAGAAUUGCAAGCAGCUCGUAUUAUCAAGUACAAAGAGUCACAUCCUGACGAGCGGGCGACAGAAGCGGACUCUGAAAAAGAGCAGCGAGUUCAAGAUCUGAGCCGUGACUUUUGUGAGGAGAACGAAGGCGAUGACGGUUCAGGUGAAAACAGGAGGAAGGCAGAGAUGCAAGCAGAAUGGAUUUUACUUCUGCGUGCUCUCAACAUGGACGCCUCCUCUCGGUUUGAGGACGUUUUGAACGAGGUGAAUGAGAGGCUUUCUCGCCUACCAAGUGGAGACAUGACCAAACCUCUUCUCAGCACCAGCCUCAGCUCAGAGCAGUGGCUUCAAGUGAAAAAAAUGAAUGAAAUUCUGUCCGAGGACUAUCGGCGUCGGCGACAAAUGAUGGUCACGCGCUUUCAGGUUACGCUUGAAUCAUUUGCAUGGGGAGAAAAACAAAAGGAGCGCAGUGCUGCGCUGGCUUCGGCGCCUAAUCUUGCGUCCCUCAUCGGCUCUUCCCAAGUGUCUCCAUCUCUGCUGCUCGCUGCCAGAGAGGAUCAGUCCUUCAUUGACCCGGUCAAAGCUGGAACAAGCACCUCUGUUUACAAGACGUUGAUGGGCAGUGUGCCAGACAGAGGAGGACGACCUGGGGAAAUUGAGCCUCCUAUGCCAGCAUGGACAGGGAGAAGCUCGAAAGGCAACAGAGGGGGACGAGGAGGCGGACAAUCUCAUAAACAUAAGAAGAAGAAAGGGAAAAAAGAUUAACUUGUCCAUCUUUUUGGCCUUGCUUAUCAAUUUAAGAAAUAAGCGAUCAUUUUGCUUUAUUGAAAUCCUUGUUGCGAGGUAAACUACGAUUGGGAAGUGCUAUAUAUAAUUUUGUAGUUAUAAAUCUGUGUAUAAUUUAUAGUUAUAAGUCAUGCACAUACCAGAUUGUGUACAUUUCUAUAAAAGCAAUGAAGUACUGGUACAUGACCAGAUAUUUUGGUAAAAGAGCAGAAAAUGGAAAAAAUGUUGGCUUUCCACAUUUAUCAGUAGGUUUUUUAAGAAUAAACCUCUGAAACACA